CCCUGUCAACAAAUCGAUGCGAGGACCAGUUAUCAAGGUCUCCUUAUGAUGGCCUGCGGUGCUUGGGCCUUGGGUAUGUAUGCACUGCAUUUGUGCUGCUGUCCGCCUAUGAACUUCUGGUCACUGCAUAUAAGAAAUUUGUUUUUUCUUUUUCAGCUUGGGUUUUCAGUGUCCUCGAGCAAGUAAAGUAGCUUUGCAUAAUUUAUUAUAUGUUUUUUGUUAUUAACCUCCAAAUAUAGUCAAUAUGCUCUAUCAUAAAAAUUUUAAUUUUCCACUGCAUGCCUUGAUCAUCAAAAUCUGUUAUGUUGUUCAGAGUUUGUCUCAAACAAGGAUGGGCAGCAGGAGGAUGGGUUCAGAGCCUGAUCUAUCACUAAAUGCUGACCAUCCCCUGCUUGGUGCCCAUACCUAACAGUCUUACAUGCACGUGCCCUAACUACCUCCCUCUUUGUCUUCUGCUCAACAUCCUUGUUGGCUUGUUGCCUUUGCAAUUGCAUUGCUUCCACCAGUACAUACAGCUGCAACAGAGUAGAGGACUAUGUGAACCCUCCCGUUCUUCCAUUACUCUCUUUACUUGCUCAGUUCAUUGGCUAUGUGAAUGCCCUUCCCCGGAUUACUAUGAUUUGUUUGGUUUAUUGUGGGAGUUUGUAAUUUUCACUAGAAAACAGUUCAGUUUGUAUACGAAGUAUUGGUCUACUACUCUCUUAAGUUCCAUAAAUCCCUGGUGCGUUCGUUCUCUCUCUCUAUGUCUCUAUUUCUCCCCCUACAAACAAGCAAAUGAGCUACUGCUAUGGUUACAAAUUCAUGAAUUGUCCCCUGUUUUCAGGUUCAGGGAAGAUGCAACCUCAUGAGAAGGUUGCUGUUCUGAAGCCUGUUGCCUCCAGGCCUUUCUCCAGCUUCUGGCCCUUCCCAAAGUUUCUGCACGACUUCAACGCCACUUGUUCCCCAACAAUCACCUUCCCACAGGAGACUGAGCUAAUCAGGCCAAAAGCCACUCGGUUGGCAUCGCUGCCGGGUGACCUUCCAACACAGAUUGCAGCAACGACAGAUGCCGGGUCGGAUACCAUGUCUGAGGAGGUGGAAGGGUAUGCAAAACAUCACACGUAUCGUGACCAUGCAACAGCGUGCCAAGCUGCGAGGCGGAAUGGUGAGCGCAGUCGCCUGUCACUUGACGGGUACAGCUGGAGGAAAUACGGGCAAAAGAAAGUGAAAGGCAGCGAGUUCCCGCGGAGCUACUACAAGUGCACUCACCCUAGCUGCCCUGUGAAGAGGAAGGUGGAGACGACGCCAGAUGGCCAGGUUGCUGAGAUCGUGUAUAGUGGUGAGCACAACCACCUGAAGCCGGGCAAGCCUUGUCCCCCGAGGAAGCCAUUGCUGUCGACAAGCACAGAUGCUGUGAUGUGUGACACGCAUGGUAUUGACGACAUGACGCCGCCGGAGUAGAGACGAAGACAACCAGGAGUUCAGAUUCUUCGUUCCAGUACUUAAAUCUAGCUAAGCUGCUGGUUUCACAAUUCCAUUAAAGAUUGCUGCCUUUACUUUUCUUUAUUUUGUUUACAACUCCAAGUCACUCUUACAGUUGUCAUACCAGCUGUUUGAUUCAUCAUUCAUACACAUCAAUGGCAAUUGCAUGCUCUCUGAUCCCCUAGCCUA